AAGUUUCCAUGGCAACAUCCAAUCAGAGUGCUGGAAUGUCUUUUCCUUUCGCUGUGCUCGCAGAUUUAUUUAUUAUUCACUUGUUCUGUCAAUGACCUGUUAUGUACAGCUGUAAGGCGUUCGAGGAGAGAACGAAAUUAAUGCCGUAAUGACGCCGCAAUGUUAGCACCCAACACGUUGCCGUCCGCAAAAACGGGUGCCAAUAUGUAAAAACAACGCGAUGGACGGCUCACGGUUCAUCGUGCAAGUGUUUGUGGGCGCCCUGUCCCAGCACUACGAAGCCCUCUCGGUCGAGGCGAGUAAGCAGACCACCUGCUAUGAGAUCGUCACCUGUAUCACCGAGCGGCUGUCGCUCUCCCCGGACGACUAUGAGCUGGCCGAAGUGGUCGGCCAGGAGUGCAAAGAGCGCCGCCUCGGCUCCGACGAGUGUCCGGUGGCACUGAUGUUGCUGUGGCCGAAACAGGGCACAAAUACUGAACAUCGAUUUUACCUCCGCAAGAAGGCUUCCGAAUCUCAUUGGACUGACUCAUUCACCAUGGAUCCUCAGCUGAUUAGAGAUUAUUUUUACCAGUUCCUGUACCAACCCAAGGACCGAGAUUAUCCCGAUCUGUGUCAGCUACCUGACCUGAACGAGCAGAACCUGCUGGAGAACCUGCGGGCCCGCUUCAGCAAUGGCUACAUCUACACCUAUGUCGGCUCCAUCCUGAUCGCUGUCAACCCGUUCAAAUUCUACCCCAUUUACAACCCCAAGUACGUCAAGUUGUACCAGAACCGGCGUCUGGUCGACAUGCCACCGCAUAUUUUCGCCAUCGCCGACGCGGCGUACCACUGCAUGCUGCGUGACAAGUGCAAUCAGACCAUAGUGAUCAGUGGCGAGAGCGGCAGUGGCAAGACUGAGAGCACCAAUUUCUUGCUGCACCAUCUCACGGCGCUCAGCCAGAAGGGAUCACAGGGUAGUGGUGUUGAACAGACAAUACUCAGUGCAGGACCAGUGCUUGAGGCAUUUGGUAACGCAAAAACUGCGCACAAUAAUAAUUCUAGCCGUUUUGGCAAGUUUAUCCAAGUGAAUUACAAAGAAAAUGGAUUGGUUCAUGGGGCUGUGGUACAGAAAUAUUUAUUGGAGAAGUCUAGGAUAUGUUCCCAGGGUAGGAACGAGAGGAAUUACCAUGUAUUUUAUUAUCUGUUGUCUGGCUCGAAUGAGUCUGAAAAGAAGUCGCUGCACCUGAAAAAUGUGGAGGACUACAAUUACUUGAAUAGGAGUAAAGUUAGAGAGCUUGAAAAUGUUGACGAGCGCUACGAGUUUUCACGGUUGAAGCAAUCUCUGGAGAUGGUCGGCUUUUCAGCCGAAAAGCAGCGGCGCCUUUUUGCCGUGCUAUCAGCCGUUCUGCUGCUGGGUAAUGUGGAAUUUUCUCCAAGGAAAUCCGCCUACCAUCACGACGAAGCGGUCGGUGUAAAAAACGAGGAGGUUGUGAGUCUCAUAUCAGAAUUGCUGAGGGUUAAGGAGGAGACCCUGCUGGGCGCUCUAACAGCCAAACGGGCUAAGGCUUCAGGGGAGACGCUCAUCAUCAACUACAGGUUACCAGAGGCGAUAGCCGCUAGAGACGCAAUGGCCAAAUGCCUCUAUGGAGCUUUGUUUGACUGGAUUGUGAUGCAAGUGAAUCACGCUUUGUUUUCCAAAAAAGAUACUCUGCGUGCUCACCAUGGUUGUUCAAUCGGAGUGCUUGACAUUUUUGGCUUUGAGGACUUUGGAAACUGCAACAGUUUUGAGCAAUUCUGCAUCAACUACGCCAACGAGCACCUGCAGUUCUACUUCAAUCAGCAUGUAUUCAAGUACGAGCAAGAGGAGUACAGCAGAGAGGGCAUCAAAUGGAAAAGCAUAGAUUUCAAGGAUAACGCUGGCUGUUUAACCAUGAUCGAAGGGAAGCCAAAUGGGCUUCUUUGCAUUUUGGACGAUCAGUGCAAUUGCCUUACUUUCAGUUUUCCUGGUGCCUCCAACGAGACUCUGCUGCAGAAAUUUAACUCGGUGCACAAGGACAACAAGUUCUAUGAGGUGCCACAGCGACGUGAGGCUGCCUUUAUCGUCCAGCAUUAUGCUGGUAAAGUGAAGUACCAAGUACAGGAAUUCCGCGAGAAGAAUCUUGACCUCAUGAGGCCAGACAUCGUCAGCGUGCUGAAAAACAGCAGCCUCGCGUUUGUGCGCGAGCUGGUUGGUGCAGACCCAGUUGCUGUUUUCCGCUGGGCCAUAGUUAGAGCUUACUUCAGAGCUUUCUUUGCGUUCAACGAGGCUGGAAAGAAGCACAGGACAGUCAAAGAAGGAGGAAAGCAUAAUUACACCAUGCAGUACAUCCAAAACAAGCCCUUCAAGCAGAUCAGCCCAAAAAUCAUAGUCAAUAAAAAGGACUCUGAUAAACAAAGCAACGUUACGAAAAUCAGGAUUAACAGUGACGUUGAGCCGACGCGUCUGAAGAGGGAAAGCCUGGAUCAAGUUUUUCCUCCUAGCGAGGCCAUAGUUCUCGAGAAAGCGAACCAAAUUGUCAUGAAAAACAAGACUGGCAAACCGAGAGACAGACGCAGGAAGAGCCUAAAGAACCUGGAGUCUGUCAAAUCGUUGGCCUGUAAGACUCACCAGUUGUAUGGUAACAACGGCCAGAUGAAGACAAGGAAACAACCGCAAACGGUUUCUGCUCAAUUCCAACAAUCUCUCCAUAGUUUAAUGGUGACGCUCAACCAAGCCAACCCGUUCUUCAUCCGAUGCAUUAAGAGCAAUGCCAACAAGGUGUCAAACGAAUUUGACGAAGACACUGUACAGCGUCAGCUGCGAUACACAGGCAUGCUUGAGACCGUGAGGAUAAGACAGGCUGGUUACAAUGUUAGAUUCUCAUAUGAUGAGUUCAUCCAACUUUAUCGAAUUCUGCUGCCAAAGGGACUCUUGAGUUCCCAAAACGAUGUGAAGAACAUCAUGCUGACCCUGAACCUGAGCAGAGAAAACUUCCAAUUGGGUAAAACAAAGGUGUUCAUCAGAGAAUCUGAAAAGCUGAAGCUGGACAGCAAGUUGCAUCAGCAGAUCAUAUUUUGCAUUGUGACCAUUCAGCGAAGAUUCCGAGCACAUCUGCAAGCGAAUCGCUAUAGGAAAUUGAAACAGGGGGCCAUAAUACUGCAGAGCUACUGUCGCGGCUACCUAGUGAGGCGGAGAAUUGAGGUGCUGCGGCUUGAGCAGUCUGCUGCCAUUGAUAUUCAGCGGUUCUGGAGAGGAUACAGAGCCAAGUGCGCUUACAAGAGACUGAUUCUGGGAUUGAUUAUCUUCCAAGCACACGUUAGGGGUUAUUUCGCACGCAAACAGGCACAGCAGAUGCUGCAGCACCACAGAAGAGAAGCACUAAGGCUGGCAAACAAGUCGAUUGUCACGGUGAACGUCCAAGACGAUUGGAGUCUAAGGCAUCCUUCUAGUUCCUCGUCAGUGUUCUCAUCAGACUUUGAAUCCCUGAAAAAGCCACCUCCCACACCUCUGUACAGCCCUGGACCUGAUUGUAAGACCACAGAUCACACUGAUGCUGUGCUUGGAGCUGCGUCUCAAAAUCAACCUUUUGCAGCAGGUCGCUUGUCGGUGUCGCGAUCUGCUAGCGUGGAGCCGCACGGGCCGCGCCCGACAUUCCAGCAACGAGCCAAGAAACAGUUUCAAGCACUUAUUGGCGCCAAGAAGGGUCGAAGCAGCGACAGCGAGGACGAAAGCCGGCCGGACAGUGAAGAAGCGCACCUCCGCAAGUCCAAAGUGCCGUUCGGUAGGCAGACGUCUACAGAGUCCUUUGGCAAUGAGGCAGAGUCAAAUGACAGAUCCUCAACGGAGACGCAGCCAGAGAGCAGGGAGGAGCUGUUUGUCAAGUCGGAUAUCGAGUGGCAUGGCAGUGUUUUCAAAAUCGCCGGCCACACGUUCCGCAAGACGAUCAAGCUGAGCAAGGACGACUGCUGCGCGUACUGCGGCAUCGGAAUAGACACCUUCCACACGCAAGGCUACAAGUGCUCUGAGUGCAAGCAGAUCUUCCACACUAAGUGUAUCCAGAACGGGGGAGUACAGCAGAAGCAGUGCAGGCACACUAGUGGUGGCGGCAAGCCUGGCAGGCGGAAAAACAGAAAGCGGUCAACUAACUCGAGCAAGCAGAACCCAAACUCGAGCAACUUCAACCUCACUGGUGUCAACGAGUUCAUGGAUAGCGCGGACAGAAUCAUCUCUGGUGCCAAGGAACUGAAAAUGCUUCAGGAGUUCAUCACUGAAAAGAUUUUCGCUUUGGAAAAGGGGAGAAAAAAAGGAGAUAAAAGGAGUGAAGUGGACCACGUUUUUAGACAGACGCUGCUCGAGUUCAAGGAAAACCUUGUCUCCACCUACAGCACUGCCAACAAACAGAACACUGUCAGCAUAAAAUACAAGGAUCUCAUUGUCAAUUUUGAAAAUGUGAUGCUGAUUGUUUGCCGCAAAGAGAGGACCAGCUCAGACUUUCCAGUCACUAUGGGCAUCAAUGCCUUUCGAGGGUUUCUAAACGAAUUCAUGGCCCUGAACAAAGUAGAGGAAAAGCCAAAGGAGAAGCGCAAGAAGGAAAAGAAACGUGACGAUCUAGUCUCGCACGGAGGGCAUUUAUUCCAAUUGAACAUAAUAAACAUUCCUACUGCCUGCGAAGUUUGCUCUCUAUUCUUCAUGUGGCCCAUUGAGCGUGGCCUUGUUUGCCAAAACUGCAAACUGACUUGCCACAGAAAAUGCUACCACCGUGCGAAGGAAAACUGCGGUGGAGUCGAUCCGGCUCACUUUAGUAACGGUAAAGUCUUUGGCGUGCCACUCCUCAGACUCAUCACCGGCGACAUCAAGGUUCCGAUUGUGGUUGAUCGGCUGAUUAACACGAUCGAAAUGUACGGAAUAUACACAGAGGGCAUUUACCGGAAGUCUGGCGUCAACUCCAAAGUGAGGGAGCUCAAGGCCAAUAUCGAACAAGAUCUGGACAAAGUCAACCUGGAGAGUUACCAGGUUCAUGUGUUAGCUGCCGUUUUGAAAAGUUUUUUCCGCGAAAUGCCAGAGCCUCUAUUAACUUACGAGCACUAUGAAGACUUCAUCCGCGCAGCCAGCGUCACGGAUCCAGUGGAGAGGGUUAAAACCAUUUUUCAUAUCAUCAAGGACAUUCCACAGGCCAACUACGACCUCACGGAAAGGCUCAUAUUCCAUUUAGCAAGAGUGGCUCAGCACGAGGACGUGAACAGGAUGACCGCGAGCUCACUGGCCAUUGUAUUCGCGCCGUGCAUCCUGCGCACGAACAAGGUGUUACAAGCGCAAGACUCGCUCAAUGACAUCAGUAAGCAGACACUGUGCGUGGAGACGAUUAUCGGCGAGCAGUUGCGCAAGGUGCGAUCCACGCUAGCUGACAUCACGACGCUGGACUCUGCGUGCCACACGGCCACCUCGAGGCUCUCCUCGCUGCGAAGCUCCAAGAUCUACCAGCCGGAGCCUGCGCCGGUCACCGCGACCAACUCUUCUGGCCGGGAGGAGGCGCUGCUCGCCGAGCGAAUACAGGCAAUGGAGGAGGAAAAGGCCAUUCUCACCAGCAAACUGCCCACCCUUACCCAUGCCACUUCGGACGACGACUUUUUAUCCACUGACUUGGAUGGAAGUCUGGAUGACGUGGCCAGCGUUUCAAGCCAUGGCCUAGGAAGAAAGAAACUGAGACAGCGGUCCUCUGAUCAAAGUGUAGUCUCAGUGUGUCCCCCUCUUGAUGUUGAUAUUGACGAGGACCCGAUUUUAGUUUAAUACUGUUCAACUACAACUACUGCUUGCGGAUAACAAGUCUUAUCCUAAAUGAAUAAUUUUGUCACAUUUAUAUUUUCAAAAUAGUUGUUUAUUGUAACAUUUUACAGAAUAUAAAAAGGCAGUAAUAAAAAUUG